AAUUUUAGAAUUUAUGAUUACAGUAUAGCGUACAGCAGUGAAUGAAUGAAUGACAACUCCAAAUUCAGCAUUUUAGGAAAGUAAAAUAAUACAUCACUUUUUUUAAACACAUGAGAGGAUUGGGCUAGAAAAAAGUGUUUUUAUUUACUCAAUCUCUCAUACUUUUUGAAUUUAAAUGCAGUACUGAAAUAAAUGAACUUCUCAAUAAUGUGCAGGGUAAGGUGAACCUGGUCCCCCUUGAUUUUGAAAACUUGAGUCUUGUGAACUGAACUUUUAUUUUCUAGCGUGAGGCUUGAUAUUAAAAGUAAAAUAUUGAAAUUCGGAUGACAUAUUUCAAUGUUUAGGGGUUCCUCAUCGUGAUGGAAAUCUCAACAUUGCAUUAGUCAAAUUGACACAUUAAAGCCUACAUUUCUACUCGCAUCAGUGGACUGCAAGCAAUAAAAUAUCCGUGAUGUCAUAAAAAAAUAGCCAAAAGGAAAGAUUAAAAUGUAUUCGUAAAAUAUUCAUUCAAAUGAACAUCCAUCCUGAAAUGUACCAACAGGAGAAAUUUUGUUCCUCUUUGCCGUUGAAACUAAUUUCGGUGAUUUCAGUACAUCAAAUGGGACGUUAUCUGAGCCAGUCUUCUUCAGUCUUCUGUGAGGAAGUCUAGUCGAUGUUGAUAGAGCGAAUUCGUCUGAAUCAUCCGUUUCGGAUGACUCGUCCGGGUCUUCGACCAGUUCCUUAUUCACUUCUGUCUCAAGCUGUCGUUGCCGUUCUCUCUCAAUGCGCAUCGUGUUUUGUUUGAUGCGCUCCGCGACUUCCUUCUCAAGUAUGAAUCAAAGCCUCCCAUCACGUUCGUCCUGGUCUCCAUCAUGUUUUUCAGGAACAGGCGGUCUUUUUCAUUCGAAAUACGAUAGCUUACAAUUUUUUUUCCGGAAAAUGGCCGCAUUGCUGAGCGACUAUUCUUUACCAAAAUUUACUAAUUUCGAAAAAUUCGAUCUCCACGAGGAACCCCUAAACACGAUUCUAUUUCGUUUAAAUUUCAAACGCAGCUCUGACAUGAUGAACCUCAACUCCAGAAAAAAAGUUUGUUGAUUUUUAAAGAUGUCAGCGGACCAGAUUCACCCUAGUGCAGGGCGAUCUGUCUACACUUCAUCUCAAAUCAAUUCAUAAACACAAACGUUAAACAUGGUGAUCUUCAUUGAUUCAUCUUCAAUACGAUCAAGGCUUUUCUAUUGACUAAUUCUCAUUACAAAAGGAAAGUGCUCAAAGUCGCUACGGUUUUGACGUUUAAAUUCGUAUUCCAUAUAAGAGAACACGUUUUACGGGUCCACCUGAACGCACCAUUCGUCACGACUGAGCUGGUACUCUUCGUUCUGAGCAUGCGCAGUAAAGGGUGGUCAGGGAGUGUCGACCGGGGCGCCUCACCGGAUGGGAAGCAUCACACUUUGACUUUGGAUUUAAACCGCCAGCAUUUUUCAAUAAUAACCGCAGGAGGACGGGAAUACAUUUUUUUUUUUUACAAGAAACGUAAAUGAAGUGCAAGACUGACUUAUAAAUGGGAUUGUCGGACGAGCAGGUCAUUUGUUGGUUGUCUUUUGUUUGAAUGACAUCCGACUGGAACGGGAAUUAGUCAUUCCUUAAACAGACUUUUGUCUGAUCACCAAAUCCUCUUACAUUAAGUCAUCAAGAGCUGGCUGCUUUGUGGACAUCUAGGCGUUUGAAUAGGUUCAUCAUUCAUUUAACUAGUUUUCUACAUGUGCUCCAUCUAAUUGCCCAGUGAAUGGAAAUAUAUUCUACCACAUUGUUUUGGAGCCAUUGUAAAGUCAAGCACAUUUAGUGUGAGAAAUAACUCGUGGCCUUUAUUCUGCUGCUACAGUAGCUCACCUCACUAUGAAUCAUAAUACCUCUAAAUCCGUUGGAGAUCAUUAGUUCCAUAAGCUGGAGAAUGUAACAGAGGGGCCCUCUGUAAUGGAAACGUCUUCAAACCUGCAAGCUGAGCCGACAGCGAACAGUCCAAAGUAUCAGGAUUCUGUCAGUGGGAUGCUGCGGGCCACGAUGGGCUCCGUGGAGGAGAGGGAUGAGGAGCAGGAGGACGAAGGGGAUGAAGAGAUGAGGGACGGAGGGGUGCUUUUCUACGUCAACCGAGGUGGCCUCCCCGUGGACGAGGACACCUGGGAGAGGAUGUGGCGCCAUGUGGCUCGGAUUCACCCCGACGGGGAUGCCUUGGGGAAGGGCAUCCGUGGUGCCCCUGACCUGCCCAAGAUUCCGCUACCAAGUGUGCCUACAUACCAGCCUACCACGGCAAUCCCACUGCGCCUGGAAGCCAUACAGAAAUACAUCAGGGAGUUGCAGUACAAUCACACCGGAACACAGUUUUUUGAAAUCAAGAAAAGCCGGCCUCUUACUGCGUUGAUGGACAUCGCCAAGGAGAUGACGCGUGAAGCCCUGCCAAUCAAAUGCCUGGAAGCGGUGAUCCUUGGAAUUUACCUCACCAAUAGCAUGCCGGCCGUGGAGCGCUUCCCCCUCAGCUUCAAGUCUCAGUUCUCAGGGAACUACUUCCACCAUAUUGUGCUGGGAGUCCACAGCGCCGGACGCUUCGGGGCGCUGGGCAUGAGUCGCCGGGAGGAGCUCAUGUUCAAACCCCUGGAGCACCGCACUCUGAUGGACUUGGUGCAGGACUUCGAAGGUGCCUACAGGGGCUACUGGCACACCCUGCGAAAGAUCAAGAUCGGCCAGUACGUGUCGCACGACCCUCACAGCGUGGAGCAGAUCGAGUGGAAGCACUCCGUCUUGGAUGUAGACGGGCUGAGCAAGGAGGAGCUGCGGAAGGAGCUGGAGAGGCAUACUCGAGACAUGAGGCUCAAGAUAGGAAAGCCUGCGCCUCCUUCUCCCACCAAAGACAGAAGAAAUAGCAUGGGCUCACCGCUCAGAGGACCAGGAAGCCCCAUUCGCAGGAUCAGCCGUGUUGACAGACGUCCAUCCGGAGAGAAGAAGGCUUUGGAACAAAAAGCUUCUGGUGACAUGAGCGUAUAUCAGAUUCGAGUGUGAAGAAUCCUUUUUUAAGUUUCUUGGACAAGCAAGCUGAUGCGACUUCAUUCAAGGUCCACAUCAGCAGUUUUUGAGAUGCAACAUUGAAAAGGGAACCGCCACCCUUCUCAUAUGCAUCCAAACAAAAGCCUCAUUCACCGUCACAUUGUUUGACCAGAUUUUCCUGAGCAUUUUGCGUACAUAUGUGGUGCUGUUGUGUGUAAAGGUUUUUACUAAAUUUAGCCAUACGUACCGUAGGUUACACUAGAAAAAUACAGGUAAAUCAGUAAAUGUGCUACUUGACAUAUCAUAUCAAUGCGUGUCGUCGUACUGUAAGUGUGCUGGUAUGUAUCCAUUUACAGCUGAUGAUGAACUACUGUAUUUUGUGUGGUGGCAACAAACUACCCGUGUGCCUUUUGACCAGAUUCAAGUGAGACUGAAACAUCCCCCCAAAAAAAUCCUAGUGCUCACCUAACAGAAUACAAACCAGUCAUUUAUACUUGACUAAGAAAGUUUUUCAAAUGUCAUGCUCAGAGAACUUUAGACCUUAGUGACGGAUCAUCAUGAAUAUGUGAGUACCAUAAAGACAAGGAUAUCAUUUGUUGAGGAAAUCGAGGACUUUGGAUUUCACAUACUGUGGAUGUGAAGUUAUUUUUUACACCUACUGCAAGUCUAUUUUGCUGAUUUAUGUAAAUGUGCUUUUGUUUGUAGCAACUUAAUUCAAGUUUUCACUUGCCUUAAAAAGAAACCACCUCCACAGAGAUGUCAAGGUAUUAGUUCACAGCACUUUUUAUCUUUGUAUUUUCCAAGAAUUAUUGAAUUCUUCUGUUUUAUACGUCACUGCUUUGCGGCGUGUGUAAAACACUGAUCAUUUCAAACGCAGUUCUCAAUAAUUUACCACAGAUUACUUGUCUCGUGUCUUUUGUUUUAUUGUUCAAGUUUUACCAAAAAUUGGAGAAAUUGGACACUGAUUUGUCUGCUGCACUCAGUGGAAAGCAGGCAACGCCGAUAUGUGAAAUAAAUAUGCAGGACUGUCCUAGGGUUGAGAUUGAUCGGGUGUUUCAAACAGUCGAAAAUCACACUUAUAUAAACAAAUCUCUAGCCUCCAUUCUGCUGGUCUCCAGAUGCCAAACACUAGACUGAUGUUUAUGACACGGAGAAAUAGAAUCUGUACCCUAUUAGGAAGAAAAAUCUACUGACCAACUUCUUUCUAAAUGCAGAAUAUCUAUAAAAGGGUUGAGCUCACUUAUUUGACUGUUCUGAAACCACUUGAGGGGAACUGCUAAGAAUGAAUCAUUUGCUGCAAAACAAUUUCCAAGAGUCCACAAUGCAUGAAUCUUGAAUCAACUGAAUGAUUCAUGCAUGAAGCAAGUUGACACAAAGAUGCACACUGGGAGGGUGGAUGGAAGGGGGAAGUAGUAUUGAGGUCAAAGUAGCACACACCGAGUUACAUAUUCAUGAGAUAUUCUUUGGCAUACCCACCAAGGAUUACGUUUUAAGUGACAUAUGUGUCUUGUUUUUGCUUCGUUUAAGCACUUACCUUUUUCCAAUUGUUUAUAGGUCUCGAUUUUAUUAUUUUGCCUUAUACAUGUCAAAUAAUUUCAGACAAAAUCUACAAAC